GCUGCGUCACGCUCACUAGACUCUGAGACUGCCGGGCUGCGCGCUGACGCCACCCACCACGUGGUAAACGUCUGUCAGACGGUCGCUGACGUCACGGCGCCGCCCCCUGUUUCUAAGUAACAGAAACGCGUCAGGAAAACAUCCAGGCGCUUCAAACAUGCCAACAAUAUCAGCUGCUGCUCCUCAUGCCGCAGGGCUUCCAAAAAAGAGAGUAUACGGCAGCAUCCAUGACGCAGUCAGAGGAGGAGACGUGGAGCAACUCGCUGCCAUUGUGGAAAGAGGAACUGACAUUAAUGAUCCGGAUCCACAGCACAAAUUCACUCCGCUUCACUGGGCUGCACACUCGGGAAGCCUGGAGUGUCUUCACUGGCUGCUGUGGCACGGAGCAAACAUCAGAGAUGUCACCACAAGAGGAUGGACAGCGGCUCAUUUGGCAGCAAUUAGAGGGCAAGAUGCCUGUAUGCAGGCUUUGAUUGUGAACGGAGCAGAUCUCUCAGCUAAAGACGACCGAAACUGUUGCCCCGCCCACCUGGCUGCAGCACAUGGGCAUUCCUUUACUUUACAGUCUAUUCUCCGGAGUGGCGUGGACAUUAACUGCAGUGACAGGACUGGGUGGAAGCCGGUUCACUAUGCUGCAUUCCAUGGGAGACUUGGGUGCUUGCAGCUGCUUUUCCGUUGGGGAGCAACUUUAGAAGAUUCUGAUGUGAAUGGAAACAUUCCAGCUCAUCUGGCUGCUAUGGAAGGGCACCUUCACUGCCUCAAGUUUCUGGUGAGUAAAGCCAGCAGUGUGACGGGGGUUUUGGAAGCAACGAACAUGAACGGAGAGACUUCAAAAGACUUGGCACAGAAGCUCUAUAAGGACAAGGUUGUUCAAUAUAUAGAUGGCUUGGAAUAUGAACGGGACCAUCCAGAAGAAAAUGAAAACUUGGCUUUCCCUGCACAUGUGGCUGCCUAUAAAGGUGAUCUAGUGACCCUUCGGAAACUGGUAGAGAGUGGAAUUAUCAAUAUUAAUGAGCGAGAUGACAAGGGGGCCACCCCGUUGCACAAAGCCGCAGGACAGGGCCAGCUAGAAUGCUUGCAGUGGCUACUGGAGAUGGGAGCAGAUUACAACAUAACCAACGAAGCAGGGGAGACCCCAAAAGAUGUAGCCAAACGUUUUGCCCAGUUGGCUGCUGUGAAGCUCCUAGAAGGGAGUGCAGCAGGAGGAGACUCUGAUGAAGAAUUAAAUGACGAUGAUCCAGCUUACUUUGAGCGGCACGGAGUGGAGGGUAGCACCGAUCACCCUGACUAUUUAAACCUAAGUGAGUCGGAGAAGAAACAAGCACGAGAGCGGGCAUACAAAAGAAUAAAAGAUGUUGAGAAGCUCAUGGAAGUUGCAAAAGGCAAUUACAAACAGCUUGGUGGAAUCCUAGAGGAAGACAACCAAAGGAAAAGCGAACAGAAGGAAUAUGAACGUAAGAUCAAAGAACUAGAGGGACAGUUAGAAUAUGAACGCUUACGCAGAGAGAAGAUGGAACUCCAGCUGGAUGAGUACAGAGUGGAGAUUGCUCACCUCAACAAGAGUCUAGAAAAGAUGAGGCCCCCCUCAAGCCUCUCCACUGGGGAAAAGCUGUCCGAUGUUUAUAAAGAAAAGAAGAAGAUGAAGAAGAAAGCAACGCAGCCGUCAAAUCCCGGUGGGGUCUUUGUGAGAAGAGUUAGUGGGAAAUAACAGAGCUGCUCACAUACUCUGACCGUACAGAAAUUAGUAUUAGCCAAUCAAUCUCCAGUCCCCAUUAACAGGCACAAUGUGCUGAGAUCUGUACUGUCAGGCUAUUCCCUGCACUGCUGUUUCUGACUACUUGUACCAUAAAAUCAAUGUUUCAGCAGUCAGGCCUGCUCAAGUCAAAACUCCACUUCCCACCAUCCCCUGCACACUAUUAGUCUGUUAAUCACAGAACGUGCAAAGAAUUGUGGGAACUGGUGUCCUGGCCGUCUCCUGGCUCCUGCUAUGUUAUGGUUGAACAAUGAAAAGUGGGAAAUUAAAUUUGCUUUCAUUAUUCAAA